AUUUACAGUAUCUACUCAUCUCAAAGUUCACGCAUACAAUUUGCUCUCAUCGGAAUAUUUCUUCAUUAUGCAUUCUUCGAUUCUCCUCCUCCUAGCUUCAACUGCCUCGGUACUUGCUGCUCCCCGCCCAUCAGGAGAACUUGAAUCCCGGAAACAAUUCAAAGGCAAGGAUGGUAUGGUAGUUAACAUCGACGACGCUGCACCAGGGAAAACCGAAAAACGCAACUCACAAACUUUCAAGAGCAAAGGUGGCUUCACUGUCACAAUCUCAGAUGCUACCUCAGGAAGCGACAAGCGUGACACUAUUGAGGCUCGCUCUUCGGAUUAUGUAUCAUCUUGUGGAGGAACUUCUGGUUGGAUCCCAAUUGCAGAUUCCCAAUCACCUUCUACUGGUAUAUGGCCCUUCCAAAAGGAAGGCACAUGGUACUGGUAUGUACUUCCAAUUUUUUUCUUCAAAACGUAUGACUAAACAGCGUUGAAAAGGGGAUACCAAAACACCGUGACCGGGUUCUGUAAUGGUGUUGCAGCUGAUUACGAUGGUAAUCCAUUCAACAUUGCACCUGGAAAAAUUCUUUCCAGUACUCGAACAUGGCAAUUUGAAUUAGAAGGUAAUGGCCGUCGAGUUGGUCUCAAAAACUUCGUCGCUGGACACAUUGAAUGUAAGCUAAAGUAUAAUUACAUUAGCGAAGAACGAUUCUAACAGCAAUCCUCAGUUGAAAUCCAUAACAAGAGUAAAGACAACCACAUUCCCGAUAAAGACAAGUGCAUCGAGUACUUGAUGAAAAUGGCUGCCACAGACUCAAGCUGCUAUGGCUCCAACAACAAAGAUACCAAGGGAGGAACUUGGCAAGGUGAGUAAUCUCAUUUCUUCCUCUCCUUUAAAAUUUCAGGAACUGACUGGAAUAAAAUAGUUCGAGCGGACAAAAUCAGCUACCAUGCUCUCCCAGCAAAGGAUUAAGGGGCUUCGUGAUGGUGACACGCUGGAUACUUUCCCUUAUCUUCGAUUUUCUUUUGUAGAGUGGCACAGCAUGGAAUGAGGUGCAUUUGUAUUUCGGCGGAUUUGCACCUUAC